AUGGAAGACCCUGAGGUCUUAAUUAGAGGCACCGUUUUGCUAGAUGCUAAUCAUCAUUUUGAAACGCAAAUAAAUGCAUGUGGCAAGAUCACUCUCCCAAUUUGCUUACUUUUGUUUGGGUGCGCUCAUGGACUGAAAAUAGAAGUGUCUGAAUCGGUGUCCCUUCCCAUAAAAUACGACCAAGAAACCACUCUUUUAGUGUUUGAUGAUGAGUCCUUGAGGGAAAGAGUUUAUCUGGUGCAAGCUGUGCACCCGAAUCUGUCGUUAUUAGGGGUUUUACUGAUUAAUCACGAUAUCUACAGUUUUGAUGACUGUCUCAUGGAAUUGUUUCGAGUUGCGCCAUCGUUGCAGUUCUAUUUAACUUAUAUGCCUUCUGAGUCAGAAUUUGAGCUUAAGUGUUUUUCUAAGCGCGCAGUUCGCCUGUCCUGUCAAAUUUUGACUAGCGAUAAUGUUGGAAUGGAAAUUAUUAACGCCUCAAUGUUUAAAGAUACUUUACGGGACAGUGAUAACCAAUUUAAUAAACAGUUGGAUACUACUAAGAAACUAAUAACAAAGAUCGAUUCAAUGGUUGCCUAUUUACAACGAGAACAAAUAUCUGACCAAAUUUUGAGGAAAUUACGCCUCCUUGUAUCGCAAUUGAAGAAACCUGCGACUUCUGAUAUAGAACAAGUUUUAAUGGAUAAAGAAGUUGAAUUACAAACUUUGAAUUUGCUAUGUGAGCAAUGGGAAACGGCACAAAUCAUUAAAACUGUUGACAAAUGA